AUGUCUUCCCGCCGCAGAGUGCGCACUCAGGGAGUUUCUGGGUCUAACGUAGCUCACGUCAUUGACUCCCCAAAUAGGCCCUCGCCCUCUCUGAAGGAUAGCGAGCUGCGACGAUCUCUGGACCUAUGGAACGAUAUAACGACGAUGAGGUGGAUGACCCGGCCAUCUUCGUCGUUUAAAUUACUUAUGAUCCCUGUCGUCGGUUGGGCUAUCCUGCAUUUUUUGGGACUUCCCAACCCAUUCGAACCAAUGUUGUUUCUAUCGUAUUAUCUUCCCGACUCCGAGCCAGGGUUUCCUAAAUUCGCUAAAGGUCCAUUAGAUAUUUUAUUCAUCGCAUACUAUGUCAUUAUCUUUUCAUUCAUCCGUCAAUCUUGGGUCCUCAAGAUUCUUCGGCCACUUGCACGGAGACUCGGUAUUAAAAAGCCUGCUAAACUGGAUAGAUUUGCCGAACAAGGUUACACCGCGAUAUACUUCUCUUUCUUUGGAUUAUUGGGUGUGUAUGUUAUGUCCCAAUUACCGACAUGGUGGUAUCGAACGGAGCACUUCUGGCUCGAAUACCCUCACUGGCGGAUGACACCUCUGCUAAAGCGAUAUUAUUUAAUGCAACUAUCCUAUUGGGUACAGCAGCUUUUUGUCCUCAUCCUAAGACUGGAGAAGCCUCGCAAAGACUUCGCAGAGCUAGUCAUUCAUCAUUUCGUUACCAUAUGGCUUGUCGGAUGGAGCUAUGCAAUUAACUUAACCUGGAUCGGAAAUGCAGUUUUCCUCACCAUGGACGUCUCUGACAUAUUUCUGGCGAUUUCCAAGGUUUGCAACUAUCUCCGGCUGGAGAAAACUACCAAUGUCAUCUUUGCCUUCUUCAUUUGUGUGUGGAGCUAUCUACGCCACUACCUCAAUAUCAUAAUUCUCUGGUCUGUCUGGACGCAAUUUGAUCUGAUACCAGACCAAGCCAAGCGUUUCACACCAAGGGACGGUGUCUGGAUGGUGUGGUGGAUGAAAUAUCAGAUCUUCAUCCCUAUCCUUCUACUUCAACUAGUGAACAUUUUCUGGUACUUCCUCAUUUGGCGCGUCCUCUUCAGGGCACUCUUCCAGAAGAAGCUCGCGGAUGAACGCUCCGAUGACGAGGAUGAGGAUUGACAAGUCGUCUUAGUCAUGGCGUAUAUUCGAUGACCGUUUACAGGAUCGCUACGAUAUUAACCUCGGCAAUAACAUGUGUAUGUGACAAAUUCCUUGGUUUGGCCUGGAACAAUAGUGUUAUUGCCAUCAGAACCCAACGUCCAUCAUCCCUUCAAUGACUACGCCAAAUUUUGUGACACAUAAGGGCAUUUGCAUUAGUUUGGAUUGUAGUGUACGACAAGAGCAGAGGCGGGUAAGAAUAAACUUAGAGGACGCGCGACCCGAUGCGGGCUAAUGUAUCCUCACU